AUGUUAGCUCGGCAAACUGUUCUGCGACAAGCAGCUCUCCCCACGACGAGAUUCCGAACCCAACGAUUCGUCGCGAGCCAGAUCCGACCUCUUAACAGGCAAAUAUCGUUCUUGCCGUGGCGUCAAAGGCAAUCGAAUCCUAUACCGGUCUACUUCUCUAAGCCAAAUCCUUCGACAAGCGCCAAUAGGGUGAACCCAGUCUACAAUGGAAGCGCGAACCAGGCGGGGUCCGAGGAUGUCAAGAGAGGACUGAGAAUAGUGAAAUGGACUAUCUUCCGACUCCGACUCCGCCGUGCGAUCUUCACGACUAUUGUGCUCUAUGCCUGUUGGCAAAUCUUCAUCGCCGUUGUAUUCGAUCCCAUAUUCGACUGGGCUGACGCAGAAUGGGAGGCACUGUCUGAAAAAGAGAAGGAAGAAGCCGAGGCACUCCACGACCCUGACGAACCGUUGAUAUUUCUCCCUUUCCCCUUCACAACCACAGAAGUUAAGCAACCUCCAUAUCGGGGUUCGGACCCCGAGUGGCAAACAUUCGUCAAGGUCAGCCAGGAUAAGAAGCUCCUUCAGGAGAUCAAGAGUGGUCUGGCAAACGAGAUCAAGCGUGGCGUUGAGCGGAACCCUGCCUUCAAUAAGCUUCUUGGUGGAGAAAUUACCGUGAGGAAGUACUGGCUCGAUAUAAUCUUCCCGCCUGCUCCUCCACCGAUACACUAUGUCUCCGGAAUCAUGAUCGAUGAGGAGGGCAUUUUCUGGGGUGAUCGACCCAUCGACUCAAUUGCUGCUAGCUUUCUUGCUAAAGCACUUUACCCCAAAGCUCUUGCUAUGGGUUGCUGGACCUUUGUCAGUUUCUUAACGAAACAAGUAGCGUUGGAUAUCUCAAAAGCGAUCGGUUUAAGCGAACCUGAUACCCCAGCAUCUGGCUGGCACCAACCUGUGCCAGUGGGAAACCUCCCUGGCAUAAUUCCGCCCCCUGCUGCCACCAGAGCAGCAGUCCAACAUGACCCCAAGGCACAUACCGCACAUCUUCCCCCAGUCUUCAACGAGAUCAUCAGCGCUGCAUUUGGUCCAGACGCGAAACUUGAUCCUCGUCUUCAAGCUGCUAGUAUGGCUGGUGCUCUCGCCUUUCUACGCUAUUGGAAGCCUACCAAGAGUCUGCCUAGUAGGGGAUGCAUUCGAGUCGAUGGUAUUGUCGAACUCAAGGGAAAGACAGCGGUUAUGGCAGUUCUCGUUGCGGGUUACUACGAUCCCAAGACACGUCAGUACGUAGCUGUCCAGACUAUGCUCAAGCACUUGAUGCAGCUGAGACAACGGCCUGCGCCUGGGUAG